UGCCGGCGCCUUGUGACUCUGGGCUGUGGGCGCGCUCGCGGCUCUUCGGCCAUGGUGUUCUCAAAUAAUGAUGAAGGCCUUAUUAACAAAAAGUUACCCAAAGAACUUCUUUUGAGAAUAUUUUCCUUCUUGGAUAUAGUAACCUUGUGCCGAUGUGCACAGAUUUCCAAGGCUUGGAACAUCUUAGCCCUGGAUGGAAGCAACUGGCAAAGAAUAGACCUUUUCAACUUUCAAACAGAUGUAGAGGGUCGAGUGGUGGAGAACAUCUCAAAGCGAUGUGGUGGGUUCCUGAGGAAGCUGAGCUUGCGAGGGUGUAUUGGCGUUGGAGAUUCCUCCUUGAAGACCUUUGCACAGAACUGCCGAAACAUUGAACAUUUAAACCUCAAUGGGUGCACAAAGAUCACUGACAGCACGUGUUACAGCCUUAGCCGAUUCUGUUCCAAGCUGAAACAUCUCGAUCUGACCUCCUGCGUGUCCAUUACAAACAGUUCCUUAAAGGGGAUCAGCGAGGGCUGCCGGCACCUGGAGUACCUCAACCUGUCGUGGUGCGACCAGAUCACCAAGGACGGCGUCGAGGCGCUGGUGCGCGGCUGUCGCGGCCUGAGGGCCCUGCUGCUGAGGGGCUGCACGCAGCUAGAAGACGAAGCUCUGAAGCACAUUCAGAAUUACUGCCAUGAGCUUGUGAGCCUCAACCUGCAGUCCUGCUCGCGCGUCACGGACGACGGCGUGGUGCAGCUGUGCCGGGGCUGCCCACGGCUGCAGGCGCUCUGCCUGUCCGGCUGCGGCAGCCUCACCGACGCCUCCCUGACAGCCCUGGCCUUGAACUGCCCCAGACUCCAGAUCUUGGAGGCUGCCCGAUGUUCCCAUCUGACCGAUGCGGGCUUUACGCUUCUAGCUCGGAACUGCCACGACCUGGAGAAAAUGGACCUGGAAGAAUGCGUCCUGAUAACCGACCGCACGCUCACCCAGCUCUCCAUUCACUGUCCUAAGCUGCAAGCCCUGAGCCUGUCCCACUGCGAGCUCAUCACGGACGACGGCAUCCUGCACCUAAGCAACAGCCCCUGUGGCCACGAGAGGCUGCGGGUGCUGGAGCUGGACAACUGCCUGCUCAUCACCGACGUGGCCCUGGAGCACCUGGAGCACUGCCGCGGCCUGGAGCGCCUGGAGCUCUACGACUGCCAGCAAGUCACCCGAGCCGGUAUCAAGCGCAUGCGGGCGCAGCUCCCUCACGUCCGAGUCCACGCCUACUUCGCUCCCGUCACCCCGCCCACGGCCGCGGGAGGCGGCGGGCCGCGGCUCUGCAGGUGCUGUGUCAUCCUCUGACGGCCGCCCGCGGGCCGCGGGGCCUGCCCGGAGCACUCGGUGUGCCGUUCUCCGCCAUCACCCAGCUCUGUUGAUUCUCCGGUGAGAAAGGCGCUUACAGCCUCCCAGCCCAGCUGAGCGUGCCUUUAAGUAUUCCAGAGAUGAAAAGGCUGAUUAACCUGCUCCAGCGCCCCUCCCUAAAGCAUCAUGUCCACGCUCCCUCUGCCGCUUGUCUGAGCACACAGCAGAGACCGUCGGAUAAACUGGGUGCUGAUACCCACCUUUUCUGGGAUAAUUAGUAAUCACUAGCUACGCCUGCUGGCCUAGGGUUUCUCAGAAGAUGGCGAGAAGCAGUACAAGCAUUCAUCAAGGAACAAAUGAAAUUUUUCAUAAGGACAAACGUCUACAGACAGGACACUGAGAUGGGAGGGGCAUCCUGUGAUGCCGAACACUAGACACUCACUGCCGUCACAGCCACACACUCUGAACUACCUUUGUCACAGACGGUGUCAGUUCUGCAGACCAAACGCUCUGAGAAUGAAAAAUUGAGACGAGGGUGCUAGUCUCAGGGCUUUGUAAAGCAAACAGCAGUGGGUCAGUUCACAAUCUAAACAGCCCCUGCAGGUAUCUUGCUGGCUUGAGACAUGUCCAGUGGGGUGAAGUCCUCAAUUCAGCCCCUUGUUUCAAGGGGGGCUACUGCUUUGAGUAACUUACCAGAAAAGAGUGACACCGGACAUCUUGCUCUUUGAGGUGCAGCUUUCCUGCUAAGACUGGAUUUAGAUCUUAAAGGUCUCUUCUCAUAAUGACAUUUAAGAAACCCUCCUGUAACCAACCCUUUAACUGGAAGUCUUGUGAGCCCCAUCUGGGCCUGCUCUUCACAUUCUCUCCCUCCAUAACCUGAAGGAUUUCUACGGCUUAGAAUCACCGAAGACGUGCUGAAGGCUUAACUUACAUCUGAAACCCAGGUAUCUCCUGCCAGCCCCAGCGGGUAU